GUACAAAACUCAGGGCAGCUGCAGUGCAAGUGGGGCACACACACAUGAGAUUCCAUCACCCAGGCAGCAUUCCUGAGCCUUGGGGGACUGGUUUCCAACGAUUCUUAGGCUUCUGUCAUUCUUUGCUGCCUAUCUGCUGAGAGUGCCACUUGCUUACUGCCAGAACUCUGUAUGCAUACAACCCAAAACGGACUCUGCCAGUGAUUAGAUUUGUGAGACGGAGUUUUGCCCUUGUUGCCUAGGCUGGAGUACAAUGGUGCAAUCUGGGCUCAAUGCAACCUCUGCCUCCUGGGUUCAAGCAAUUCUUCUGCCUCAGCCUCCCAAGUAGCCGGGAUUACAGGCAUGCGCCACCACACCUGGCUAUUUUGUAUUUUUAGUAGAGAUGAGGUUUCACUGUGUUGGUCAGGCUGGUCUUGAACUCCUAACCUCAGGUGUGAUCCACCCACCUCGGCCUCCCAAAGUUCUAGGAUCACAGGCGUGAUCCACCGCCCCCGGCCGGAUUGGUCAUUAACUCUUAUUUCAGCAGAUACUCUUUCAUUUGGGACACUGGUGUAUUUGCACAAAUUCUAGGCGCCCCACGCAGCGGCCUGGAGCCUGUCCCCAAGUCCAACCAACGGGAGUAGUGUUAAGGGCUCCGCCCUCGACUACUUUCCAGCGCUGGGCAAAGGCGCCGGGCCCGCCCACUGACUCUGCGGAGCUGGGUCGCCCCUGUUCUACCCAGAUCGGGAUGGCAGCGACGCUGAUCCUGGAGCCCGCGGGCCGCUGCUGCUGGGACGAGCCGCUGCGCAUCGCAGUGCGCGGCCUGGCCCCGGAGCAGCCGGUCACGCUGCGCACGUCCCUGCGCGACGAAGAGGGCGCGCUCUUCCGGGCCCACGCGCGCUACCGCGCCGACGCCCGCGGCGAGCUGGACCUGGAGCGCGCGCCCGCGCUGGGAGGCAGCUUCGCGGAGCUCCAGCCCAUGGGGCUGCUGUGGGCGUUGGAGCCCGAGAAAGCCUUGGUGCGGCUGGUGAAGCGCGACGUGCGAACGCCCUUCGCCGUGGAGCUGGAAGUGCUGGACGGUCACGACCCCGAGCCCGGGCGGCUGCUGUGCCGGGCGCAGAACAAGCGCGACUUCCUCCGGCCGGGGGUGCGGCGCGAGCCGGUGCGCGCCGCGCUCUUCCUGCCGCCGGGCAGGGGGCCCUUUCCUGGGAUCAUUGAUCUGUUUGGGAGCGGCGGGGGCCUUUGUGAAUACAGGGCCAGCCUCCUGGCCGGACAUGGUUUUGCUGUGCUUGCCCUGGCUUAUUUCAGAUUUGAAGACCUCCCCGAAGAUCUGAAUGAUGUACAUCUGGAGUACUUUGAAGAAGCCGUGGACUUUAUGCUGCAGCAUCCAAAGGUGAGAGGUCCUAGUAUUGGGCUUCUUGGAUUUUCCAAAGGAGGUGACCUGUGUCUCUCAAUGGCUUCUUUCUUGAAGGGCAUCACAGCCACUGUACUUAUCAAUGCCUGUGUAGCCAACACAGUAGCUCCUCUACAUUACAAGGAUAUGAUUAUUCCUAAACUUGUCGAUGAUCUAGGAAAAGUAAAAAUCACUAAGUCAGGAUUUCUAACUUUUAUGGAUACUUGGAGCAAUCCACUGGAGGAACACAAUCACCAAAGUCUUAUUCCAUUGGAAAAGGCCCAGGGGCCCUUCUUGUUUAUUGUUGGCAUGGAUGAUCAAAGCUGGAAAAGUGAAUUCUACGCUCAGAUAGCCUCUGAAAGGCUACAAGCUCAUGGGAAAGAAAGACCCCAGAUAAUCUGUUACCCAGAAACUGGUCACUGUAUUGACCCACCUUAUUUUCCUCCUUCUAGAGCCUCUGUGCACGCUGUUUUGGGUGAGGCAAUAUUCUAUGGAGGUGAGCCAAAGGCUCACUCAAAGGCACAGGUAGAUGCCUGGCAGCAAAUUCAAACUUUCUUCCAUAAACAUCUCAAUGGUAAAAAAUCUAUUAAGCACAGCAAAAUAUAACAUUGUGGCCACAGACCAGAUACCAUUAAUAAAAAUCCUAUUCAUACAA